AUGACAGAAUCAGGCGAAAACGUCAGGAUAUUACUAUUUGGGCUGGGAGCUAUUGGAGGGUUCUAUGCAUUUGUCCUUGGACGCAACAAGAACGUAUCCUUAAGCGUAGUAGCAAGAUCAAACUACCAACAAGUUAAAAGUCAUGGUCUGGCCAUUGAAAGCGAGAACCAUGGCAACCACAAAGUCAACAUAGACCGAGUCUACAAAUCGCCAGAUGAAAUCAUAUCACCAUUCGACUACAUCGUCUGCGCCCACAAAGCUGUGAAUCCGGACAAAGUACCACCAAUCCUCAAAUCUGCUGUGGACGACCAAACCACCUUUGUCAUUAUCCAGAAUGGCGUUGGCAACGAGGAGCCCUUUCGAAUCACCUACCCAAACAACACGAUAAUCAGCUGUGUAACAUGGGUAGGAGCCACUCAAACCUCGCCAGGAGUAAUCAAACACACAAAAUCUGAAGAUAUGCAAAUGGGCCUAUUCCCAAACCCAACUCUUGGCCGAGAUGUCGAACAAGCACGGCUAGAAACCUUUGCAACAUUACUCAAAACUGGCGGAACCGUCUUCCAAGUCGAAAAGGACAUUCAGAUCAAGCGAUGGGAGAAGGUCACUUGGAACGCCGCUUGGAAUUCGAUCACCACACUCACAGACGUCAACACUCAGGAUUGGCUCAAAUCAUCACCUCAAGCAAUGACCACUACCAAGCGACUAAUGCACGAAGUGAUCGAUGUAGCGAACCGAUGCAAUGUACCCCUUGAGCACAGACUGGCAGACGCUUUGGUGGACAAGAUAUCAGCUAUGCCUGGCAUCUAUUCAAGCAUGCAUACAGAUAUGAAGGAAGGAAGACCUCUCGAGGUAGAUGUCAUCUUGGGAUACCCGAUCAAGAAAGCAACCGAGUUUGGCAUGGAUGUUCCGGUGCUGAGUACCAUUUAUGCUUUAACGACUGCUGUGAAUGGAAGGCUGAGCAAGUUGUGA